AUAAAGCUACAACAUAAAUCACCUAAAUUCUCUACAACAUCUUUUAUCAUCAAGAACUCCUUACAUACUCUUUUGUUCCUUAGAUCAACUUCUAGAAAAAUGGUGAUCCUUAUGCCUCGACUCACUAAAGCAAAAAAAAUUCUACGAAGAUCAUUUUCAAAUGAAAGAAGCACAUUAACGGACAUUCCAAAAGGCUAUCUUGCUGUUUAUGUUGGAGAGGGAGACAAGAAGCGGUUUAUAGUUCCUGUAUCGCUAUUAAGCCAACCUUCAUUUCAAGAAUUACUACGCCAAUAUGAAGAAGAGUUUGGGUAUGAGCAUCCGAUGGGUGGCCUCACAAUUCCAUGCAGUGAAGAGAUAUUCAUUGAUGUUGCUUUCUCUUUCUAGAUAUGUGACAAAUUUUUUGUAGCUUAGUUUGUAUAUCACUAGUUUAUCUAAUUACUAAAACCAUUCGGUAGGUAGAAUAGAACUCAGAGGUGUUCUCAUUUGUAUGAAUAUUUUGCCAUGUAGCAAUUAUUCAUGAUAUGAAAUUAACCAAAUGUUAUUAGUGUUAUCGUUUA